UGAGAAAUAGAUAGCCUAGAUAGAUAGAUGAAUGGAUAGAUGGAUGGAUGGAUGACGCUCUCCGGGUCCGUCAACAGAGGGCAGGCACCGCCCAGCAGGAGGCUGACAGCAGUAGAGUCAUGCUGCUGUGCACCGGACUCAUCAAUAAGCUUUGGGGCGACACGCAAGAGGAACUGUCCGCUUCUAACGAGUUUCAAGGAUGAGAAACAUCAGAGCAAGAACUUUAUGGCUGGCGGGAGGUCUUGUUCUGUUAUUGGUACUCAAUCUCUGUAAAGAUUUUAUUGACCAUAAAACCAUCCAACUCCACGUAGACAUGAAAGAAGAUCACAGUCAAAUAAAGCAACCCACCAAAAAUAACUCCUAUGUCUACUCCUGGCCAAAAUGUCAACAAAAUGUGACUGCUGAAAACAUCCCAGGCUUCAGCUCUCUGCCUGUUGAUAUAAAAAACUUUCUCUAUUAUCGCCACUGUCGCCAUUUUCCCAUGAUACUGGACCUUCCUGACAAAUGUGGAGGAGCUGAUAAAUCAGCAGAAGUCUUCCUGCUGCUGGUCAUUAAAAGCGCCCCUGAGAAUUACGCCCGACGAGAGGUGCUGCGUAAAACCUGGGCCAAAGAGAGGUUACACAACGGUGUGUGGAUCCGAAGGAUCUUCAUCGCGGGAACGACAGAUACUGGCUUUGAGAAAGAGAGACUGAACAAGUUACUUGAGCUGGAGCAACGUGAGUACAAUGACAUCAUCCAGUGGGACUUCAAUGAAAAAUUCUACAACCUCACGUUGAAGCAGAUUCUCUUCCUGGAAUGGAUGGAAAGAAACUGUCCAAACGCCCGCUUCCAUCUAAAUGGUGAUGAUGACGUCUUUGCGAACACAGACAACAUGGUGGAGUAUCUCCAAAGCCUCAAGGACAACGAUGGAAGCAAGCACCUCUUCACUGGCCAUUUGAUCCAGAAUGUGGGGCCCAUCAGAUCAUCAUGGAGCAAGUAUUUUAUCCCAGUUCAAGUACAGAAGUCUAAUUCAUACCCCCCGUACUGUGGUGGUGGGGGCUUCCUCCUGUCUGGCUACACAGCUAUGGUUAUAUACAAAAUGUCCCAGUCCAUUACCAUGCUUCCCAUUGAUGAUGUUUACAUGGGGAUGUGUCUGGCCAAAGCGGGACUCAGUCCUUCCUCUCAUAUGGGUGUGAAGACAGCAGGACUGUACAUUCCCUCCAGCAAACUAGAUAAGUUUGAUCCGUGCUAUUAUAGGGAAGUUUUACUGGUACACAGGUUCCUACCACCUCACAUGUAUGUCAUGUGGCACAGAAUAAAUGAUCCCAAUAUAAAAUGUGGUACCUCCAAGAAAAUGCUGUAGCAGCUCCAAACUGUAACUUACUGGCGGUAGAAAAAAAACAAAAACUUGUUGACACUUUGUUCCCUGGACCUGAUUUUAGGUUGUGAGCGCAGGUGUGACCUUCUUCAUUCCAUCAUGAGAAAAGGUCUGGACUGUUUUGCUACUACUGUUCAGCUGCAGGCUUUGGCACGAUCCAGUAGCACUUUUUCUAUUUGUAAUGUCAUCGAUGUGGGAGAACAGUCAGCCUGACUCAAAGAGUAAUGCAGUAGGUAGUGCAGGUUUGAUGUCCCACAUACUGUGUGGGUGAGCAGCUUUUCCUGGGAUUAAAAAGUUGGAUGCAAAAUGUACUUUGUAAUGGGCUUCAGUGUUGGCUACAUCUGACCUGACAGAUACGUACACUGUAAAAUCUGACAAGUUAAACAAAUUGAGAAAACCAAAUACCUUGAAAAAUAUAAGUAAAUGUUAGUCUUAAUUUAUGUAUACAUUAUAUCUAAUUGUAAAGUUCACUUAAAUUUUAGUCAUAUUUACCGAAUUUUGUGAAGUUGUUGCAACUUCAACAUGACACGUUUAAUUAAAUCAGUCUAAUUAAGUAAUUAAAGGUUUAGAAGCUUCAGUAAACCAAGG